GCUAUUUUGUCAGGAGGAGCACACACACACACACACACACACACACACAUAACCGGCUUUUCUUUGCUCUCAUCUGUCAGUUCAACACUCUAGAAUUCUCUAAAUUCACACAUUACUCGACGUGAAAGCGAAACCGGCACACCGCUACAAUGGGAGUGGAAGGCUGCACGAAAUGUAUUAAAUACAUGCUGUUCUUCUUCAACUUUAUUUUCUGGCUGGCUGGAUGUGUGAUCCUGGGCGUCUCUUUGUGGCUUCGUCAUGAUGAAAAAACUAGCAGCUUGUUGGCCCUCAAGUAUGAAGACACAGAGGCACCCAACACCUUCUACAUCAGUGUCUACAUCCUGAUUGCUGUUGGUGCUGUGAUGAUGUUUGUUGGGUUUCUUGGUUGCUAUGGUGCCAUCCAGGAGUCUCAGUGCCUGCUGGGAACAUUCUUCGCCUGCCUGGUCAUCCUGUUUGCCUGUGAGGUUGCUGCUGGUAUCUGGGGUUUUAUUCACAAAGACCAGAUUUCUAAAGACGUGAUCGGCUUCUAUGACACCGUAUAUGACCGUGGCGUGAUUGAAACCGCCACUGAAAAACAAAAAGCGGCAGCUGGUGUACUGAAGGUCUUCCACGAGUCUCUGCAAUGCUGCGGCAAGGGUGUUGUGACAUCAGUUCUAACAACCUGGACAACUAAUUUAUGCCCUGAAACAAACGGAAUUAAGAUCACUGAGAGUUGUCACACAAAAAUCAAAGAUCUCUUCAAUGACAAGAUCUACCUGAUUGGCAUUGCUGCUUUGGUCGUUGCUGUCAUCAUGAUCUUCGAGAUGAUCUUCAGCAUGGUGCUCUGCUGUGGAAUUCGAAACAGCCCUGUAUACUGAAAGAUGAUUUGGCGAAGAAGGCUGUGGGUUUGUGGUAUUUGGAGGAACCAGCCAA